AUGAUUUUCUCCGGCCGGAAUGCUGGCCUUGUUCUGACUUUAGCUGCUUCACUGCUCCCGUCGAUUUUCGCACAAACGGUCACCUAUCAAGCUGAGGAUGCUACCCUGACCGGUGUGACUGUUGCCACUGCUUCUGCUGGCUACUCUGGUACUGGGUAUGUCGAGAGCUUUGAUGAGAGCACUGAUCAAGUCACUUUCACCAUCACAAGUGCGGAGACGAAGCUCUAUGACCUGGGUAUCAUCUACAUGGGCCCAUAUGGUGCAAAGUAUACACGUGUCUCCCUCAACGGCGGUGCAGGCAGUGAUGUUAGUCUCCCGGAGACAACAGCGUGGACCACUGCCAGUGCCGGCCAGGUGUUGUUGAACGCAGGCACAAACACCAUCUCCAUUCAAACCAACUGGGGCUGGUACCUUAUCGACGCACUCACAGUCACUCCGUCUACUCCCCGCGGCGCCCACCAGGUCACAACUGCCCUCGUAAACUCUAAUGCCACACCUGCUACAAAGGCGCUCAUGAGCUUCCUGGUUAAGAACUACGGGACAUCAUACAUCUCCGGCCAGCAAGACACAACCUCAUAUGCAUGGGUUGAGUCCAACAUUGGGAAAUCCCCUGCCAUCCUUGGUCUCGACUUCAUCGAGUACAGUCCCAGCCGUGUCGAGCGUGGAUCCACCUCCACCGCCGUCGAAGACGCCAUCGCCUUCAACGCCCGCGGCGGUAUCGUGACUUUCUGCUGGCAUUGGAACGCACCGUCCGGUCUCAUCGAUGUUGCAGGUCAAGAGUGGUGGCGCGGCUUCUACACCGACUCCGUCACCUUCGAUGUCGAGGCAGCACUCGCCGACACCUCCAGCGCCGACUAUGCCCUCCUCAUCCGCGAUAUUGACGCUAUUGCUGUGCAGAUCCAGCGCUUGGCUGACGCCGACAUCCCGAUCCUCUGGAGGCCUCUGCACGAGGCCGAAGGUGGCUGGUUCUGGUGGGGAGCAAAGGGUCCAGAGCCCUGCAAGCAGCUUUACCAGAUCGUGUAUGACCGUCUUACUAACUACCAUGGGCUCAACAACUUGAUCUGGAUAUGGAACUCGGUGGCUGCCGACUGGUACCCCGGUGAUGCUACGGUCGAUGUCCUCUCAUAUGACUCGUACCCAUCUACGCCCGGCGACCACGGUCCGCUGUCCGCAACAUACAACGCCCUUCUUUCUCUCGGGAACGACAAAAAGCUAAUCGCGACCACCGAGGUCGGCACCAUCCCCGACCCCGAGCUCCUCGAUCUGUAUGACGCAGACUGGAGCUGGUUCGUGACCUGGAACAGCUUUGUCGAGGACGCCACCGCGAACUCGCUCGACUUUCUCAACAGGAUCUACUACUCUGACUACGUCCUCACCCUUGACGAGAUCCUCGGCUGGAGGGGCACUUCGGCUUCUUCUUCUACUACUGCCGCCCCGGUUACUACCAGUGCGACAUCUACUACUAGGGUUUCAACCACCAUCGUGACAAGCACAACAUCGUCGAGUGCGGCUGCGUCUAGCACUGGAGCGGUCGCAUCAAAGUACCAGCAGUGGUGA